AUGCCUGUACGUUACUUCUUUUACGAUGAAGAAUCCAGCAAAACAAUACUGAUGGAUGGCCACGCAGUCCCACAAGAGCUUCAGAACCAAGCAAAAGCUCGCAAAGGCGCAGAAGCAGAACCGCCCGAUCCCCCAGUGGAUCCGUUUGAGGACGGGCAACACCAUCCGGUACGAUAUAUGAUAUACUCAGCGAGCGACUCGCGAGGCUCUCGUCGAUGGAGGACAUAUAACUAACCGCUUCGGAUUGUGCAGCUACAACGCCAAGCGGAGGCACUGGCGCAAGACCCGCAUCGGCAUCUAG